GUCGCCUCUUCCUCUGCCCGCACACUCGCCCGCCUCGCCUCGUUCACCCGCACCAUGGCUUUCUCGUCCACGCAAGGCCUCCCGACCAAGAUGCGCGCCGCCCAGAUCCAGGAGCAGGGCGCCAUCGACGUGAUCCAGGUCCGAGACGUCGACACGCCCGCGCCGGCCAAGGGCCAGGUCCUCGUCAAGGUCGAGUACGCCGGCGUUAACUUUAUCGACACCUACUUCCGCGGCGGCAUCUACAAGGCGCACCUCCCGUACGUCCUCGGCACCGAGUCGGCCGGCACGGUCGCCGCCGUCGGCGAGGGCGUCACCGAGCAGUCGCACGGGUUCAAGGUUGGCGACCGCGUCGCCGCCUACACGGCCGGUGGCAGCUUUGCCGAGUACGCCAUCGCGCAAGCCGACAAGGUCGCCAAGCUGCCCGACGGCUUCUCGACUCGCGACGCGGCGACUGUCCUCACCCAGGGCCUCACCGCCCUCACGUUUGUCAAGGAGGCGCACGAGGUCAAGCCGGGCCAGUUCAUCCUCGUCCAGGCGGCGGCGGGCGGCCUGGGCCUCCUCCUCGUCCAGCUCGCCAAGCGCUUCGGCGCCACUGUCAUCGGCACGACGUCGACCGAGGAAAAGGCCGACAUCGCGAGGAAGGCCGGCGCCGACCACGUCAUCUUGUACGGCGAGGGGCGCGACGUGGUCGGGCAGGUGUACGGCAUCACGGGCGGCGAGGGCAUCGACCGCGGCGUCCACGGCGUGUUUGACGGCGUCGGCAAGGACACGUUCGACAUGGACUUUGACCUCCUGCGCCGCAAGGGCACGCUCGUCACGCUCGGCAAUGCCUCGGGUCCGGCUCCCGCCUUUGCGCCUCUCCGUCUCGGGCCCAAGAACCUCAAGGUCUGCCGCCCGAUCCUCAACCAGUACGUGCACACGCGCGACGAGUUCCAGUCCUACUCGACCGAGCUGUUCAAGCUCGUGCAGGAGGGCGCGCUCAAGCUCGCCGUGCACGGCGAGUACGAGCUCACGACCGAGGGCAUGCGCCAGACCCAGAUCGACAUCACGAGCCGCAAGACGUCCGGCAAGCUCCUCGUCAAGGUCGCAUGACUCGCACGGCUGUAGCGUAGCGCACGAGGUCGGCGCACCUCGUCCUGUGCAAAAAGAAGGGCCGAGCGCCCCAAGUUUCAGUGCCUGCA